GGAAGAAGGAGGCAGAGGGUGUGGGAGAGCUCAGGGCGGGAGGGCAGAACUCCUGAACUGCUCACACUCCUUUCUGCUGCUCACAAAUACUUGCUCAAUCAGUGCUGUGUAGAGCAAAGCACAGUGUAGGCUGAGCUGGAGCUAGAUCUAUUGGAGCUAUGGGCUAGAGGACACACACACAGCCUGGCCACCCCUAGUCCAGUCCCCUGGCUGACCAUGGCUGUGGGGGCUUUGCUGUCUAGCACUGAGCCUGGACCCAGCAUACACAACCACUUGUGGAUCUUAGAACUUUUCCCUGAGUACUUUGGGACCCGUCACUGAUCAGCGUUACUGCUGGUAUAUUGGAGCUGCGUUCAUGUGAUUUAACCUCUGCACCACCACCAAGCAGGAGGAUGCUUCCUAGCUGUAGGUUGAUAUAUCGAUGUCUGGCUACUCUGUAUGCAGUUUUGUUCCUUCAUAUUAUCCCAUCUUCCUGCCAGGUUCAAAGACCAUUGUUUAACAGCGGAACAGUCAUCAAUUUUGGCCCCGAGCAUAGUCUACCACAGAGGUCCAGCAAUGAGUGGGGUUCAUGGCAAAGCUGGUCUCCCUGUUCUCGGACAUGUGGAGGGGGAGCUGCAGUGCGCACGCGGCAGUGUAUUGUGAGAGAUGCUGCAGGUCCAGACUGCCUGGGUGACAUAAGACAAUAUCAAGCAUGUAACAUGAAGGACUGUCCAUCAGGGGUGACUGAUUUCAGGCAUUUCCAAUGUUCUGCAUACAACAAUAAGCCUUUAAUGGGAAAUUAUUACAAAUGGACCCCUUUCCAGUCAGGACAAGGAGACUGUGAGCUAAGUUGCUUGGCACAAGGGCAAAACUUCUAUUAUAACUUUGGCAGAGUGUUGGAUGGAACAUCAUGCCAUGUGCAGUAUGAUGGCUUUUGUAUCAAUGGCCAAUGCCUGCAAGUGGGUUGCGAUUCUAUCUUGGGAUCCAAUGAGCAGAUGGACAUCUGUGGAGUCUGCGGAGGAAGAAAUGUAUCAUGCCGACACCACCACAAUGUCUAUACUACAAAGUACCCAGCCUCUGGGCUGUUUGGAUAUAAUGAAGUGACCAUGAUUCCUGCAGGUGCCACUAAUAUCAGGGUGACUGACAAGAGCAAUAAUUAUCUGGCCCUGAGAAAUAGGAACUAUCACUAUGUGAUUAACGGCAACUGGGCCAUUAGUUAUCCUGGCGUCUUCAAUGUGGCCGGAACCAAGAUCCAGUACAAACGCUCUGCUGACAAUCAGGAGAGUUUAGAGGCAACAGGACCAACAGAGGAGGAUCUGCAUGUCAUGGUCCUUUUUACAGAGCAGAAUUUGGGUAUAGAGUAUGAGUACUGGCUUCCUAAGGAUUAUUAUAUUUACCACCAAAGAGAUCGCAGCUCCUUGCAAGACAAUGUAGAGACAGUUAUCUUACCAACUCAGCCUCUUACCACCACACCGGCUCCCACAACAAGACACAAUGCUCUGAGGCCAACAACAAUGAAGAACAGACCACACCAACCUCGGCUUGAAAGAGAUAAUAUGGAGCUAAACCGAAUUGAAGAAUCUAGCAGAAAAGAUGACAAAUGUGGAAAAUGCCGGAAAAUCAAAGGAAAGCAGAAUAAAAUGAAGCAAUAUUGUCAGAAGGACUUUGUGUUCCGUGGAAGAAUCAUCAGCAAGAAGCUUGUGGGGAAGGAGACGCGUUAUGAUGUGCAGGUGGUAAUGACGUAUAAGAACAAUUUCCCUAUUCUGAGAAGGGAAUACAUCUGGGUUCCCAACGCCUGUGAUUGUCCCAAUCUGCUGGAGAAAAGGGAAUAUAUUCUGAUGGCCAGGAGGCAUGUUAACUAUGAACACACUCUAAACCGAAUAUUACUAGAGACUCACAGCUUUGUGCGCCUAUAUAGACCAAAGGAGGACAAAAUGCUCCGAGAUCUUGACCAAGAAUGUGCCAAGCAUGGAUACCAAAUCAGCUCAAAGCAGAACCAGUAAGGCUCGUGAUAAGAGGACAAUACGACACGGACAGCCAAUGAUAACAGUUCUUAACUAAUUGUAUUGGUAUGUGCUGUUUUUUUGCAUACAGCCUAUUUAAAAUAUUAUUGGUCCAGUUGUAAAGGGGGGCAUAAUGUAAUAUUUAAUAACUGCUGGUGCUAGAACGAAUGACAUUGUAUCCAAAGGAAUGUGCAGCUAAUCUGCUUAAUAACAAAGUAAAAGCCAUAAGGAGAGCUA